UGAGGACUGUCUUCAGUUGUUUUUUAAUAUGAUAUUGAAAUUAGAGUUAUCAUUGUAUAAACCACAUUAUCUUUACCUGUAUUUCACAACGUGAUAAGAAUUAAGAUUCUUAGAAGAUAAGAAUUUCUUACAUGGGGUUGAAACUUUAUGGUUACGUUUUUUUGUUGUUUUACAUUCUCAUAUCAAACAAUGUAUCCUAUGCUUCCUAAAUAGUGGUAUGAAACCAACACUAUUUAUGAUUUACGUUUAAAAGUUCGGUGAACCCGACGAAACGAUUGACGAUAAUGGAACCAGUGAGCUUUAAAUGGUUAAAGAUAUUUUUAAUAGUUUCGUUAUUGAAUAUCACUAAGCAAACUGACAUAGCUUGUGAAAUCGUCCAAGAAAAUCAAAACGGAAAUGAAAAAGCUUUAAAUAAUUACAUCAGAUGCAAAGGAAUUUUUCACGAACCUGAAGCUCUUCGUAGUGUUGUAGCUAACAUUACAAAUCCUAUAGAAAUUUUUGAGUUAUACAACUCAUCUUUGGAUUUAUUACCUGAAGAUAUAUUUCGCGAUGCAAAAUAUUCUAUUGUGAAAAAAAUUUUAUUUUCAGAAACAAACCUUAGCUUAUUCUCUUUACCUGAAAAUAAUAUUUCUCCAUUUUAUUCCAUUGAAAAUACAUUAGAAAGUUUUGAAGUUUAUGACAGCUCAUUUCCCUUCGCAUGGAAUUUUUCUGUUCUCGCAAGAUUGAAUCAUUUACAUUCCAUUAUUAUAGAGAACUCUGAUGUUUUUACAAUUGAAGAUAUGUUUUACUCUUUAACCAAUAUUCGAUUCAUACAAAUGAUAAAUUGUAAUAUAAGGUUAAUUCAUCAUAAGGCUUUUCAAAAAAAUAUAAAUUUGAGUAUUUUUUCUUUGUCUAAUAAUUUAAUCAGAACAGUUGAACGUUCAAUGUUUCCACAACCAGCCAUAUUUCUUUGGAGUUUAGAUUUAAGUUACAACAAAAUUGACUAUCUUCCAAAAGACAUGUUUGAAGAUAUGCCUUAUCUGAAAGAGUUGAAGCUAGAUUAUAAUCGACUGGUGACAAUUAAAGGUGGUGUUUAUAAAAUAGUAUGGAAUCAAUUAACACAGUUAUGGUUGGACGGAAAUGAUAUGGUUUGUUGGGCAUUGUGUCCUGUACUUUCUGAAAAUAAGAGGGAGAAAAAAGAUAGACCUCUAUUUUUUGAUUCAUCAAUAUGUGAAAAACCACCCAAGAAGAUGGUAUUGCUGGAGUCUUUUGAAUGUUAGCACAAGACUUAAGAACAUUCCAACUUAUUUUAAUAGUUGUCAGAGGAAAUAAAUAGAUCAAUUAUAUACAUAUUUAUGCUUGUGCCACCAAAAAAUGCUACUGAAAUAAAGGUUAGUAUGAUCAAA